AUGGCAGCUGAAGUAAUAGAGAAACGUUGGACAUCUUUGAGAGAUAUGUUCAGCCGCGAAAAGAGAAAACAACAAUUGCCGCCAUCAGGCUCAGGAUAUAAACCUACGAAGGAAUGGGAACUUUAUAAAACAAUGCUUUUUUUAAAUACUUAUAUAGAGCACAGACGAACCAAAACAUCACUCUCCUUGAAAAUUGGUCAAUCGAGCUGUUCAACACAAUCAGAAAUUGAAAAAAACAAUUCUUUAUCAUCAUGUAAACAUGAUGUUAUAUCAAUCAAUGAUGAAACAGUAAAUUGUAACGAGAAUUACAGUGACGAUUCUCUAGGCAAAUAUAUGGCAGAUGAAAAUGAAGCACCUAUAAUUGAUAGUAACAUAUUGAAGAUACCUUGUAACACAUUAAAUAAUAAUAGCAUUGAUAGCUUUUCACCAUCUCGAAGUAUAAGUUCUAAGAUACAAAGUGUAAAACGUCCUGUGCUACAAAAUAUUGCAAAAAAUAUAUCUGAAUUGGAUGAAUUUGCUAAACGGCGUAAAACGAAAGAUAAUUUACUUGAAAAGGAAUUAAUACAAGCAAGUUCUACAAUAUCUGCUACUAUGAACAAUGUUUCAUCUUUCAUAUGCAGCCAAAACAAGAAUGAAAAUGGUUAUAUGUUGGCAAUAGAAGAAGCAUUAAAAUAUGUUCCUGAUACACAUAAGACUCAAUGUCUCAUUGAAGUACUCCAACAGACUCAACCGUUGCGGAGCGGAUCCGUGAGCGCUUGCUGCUAUUGGUAUAUUCUUUUAGAUCAUCCAAUAGCAGCGAGCGCUCACAGAUCCGCUCCGCACAGUUGA